GCGUAUUUUGAAUCGACAGAAACGGCUGCGCGAGACUCAAGCUCGGAUCCAACACGUCUUUCUCCCACUACGCAAACUAUUAAAACCGGUACUGUUUGCACCCUACGAUGAGGAAGAGUGAGGUGCUUGCUGCAGAGGCAGUGUCAUGCCUCAAUAAAGCCCUGUGCCACCUGAAGGACAUUUGGGAGGAGAUUGGCAUCCCAGAGGAACAGAGACUGGAGAGAACAAAUGUGGUCAAAACUCACAUCAAAGGUCUUCUGGACAUGAUGAUUGCAGAAGAGGAGAGUCUGAGGAAGCGUUUGAUGAUCAGUAUGGACACCUGUCGUAAAGAGCUAAAUAAAGUGUGCUUGGAGCUGCAGCUUCCUCCGUGUCAGGAGGAGAGGGCAAACACAAUGCUUCAACAAGAGAAAGAUAUACGAACCUGUCUUGAAGUUAUGUUGAAACAGAAAGGUCAGAGAAUGCAGACGCUUAAAACCCUCAUCGAGCAGGAUCAAGACCUCUGUGACAUUCUCUGCUCGGAGCCGUUCUCUAUCUCUGCAAGCGCAGUUCCUUCCCUGGAGCAACUUGAACGCUUCCGACAACACAUUGCACAACUGGUGGCCGAAAAGGAACAAAGACACAUCAAGUUUGUUGCGCUGAAGAAAAAGAUAAUACUUUGUAUGGAUGAUCUGGAUCAGCUGCCUGAGACUAGUUUUGAAAAGGAUCUUGUGUGCGAGGACGAAGAGGCUUUUUGUCUCUCCAAAGACAACAUUGACUCCCUUAAGGUCCUCCUUCACCAGCUUGAGAGCAGGAAAGCUGAGAACGAGCGUAUUUGUGGGUCAUAUCGAGAAAAGAUCCAGGAGCUAUGGGACAGGUUGCACAUCUCACAGGAGGAACGUGAUGCUAUUGCUGAGCACAUGACCAUGUCCAAGAAGAGGAACAUGGAAGCUUUGCAAGCUGAAGUUCAACGUCUUGAGGAACUGAAGCUUAGAAACAUUCAGGAUCUUACAAAGGCUAUUCGAGAGGAAAUUACGGUGGUCUGGGAUAAAUGCUUCUACAGCACCGAUCAGCGCCAGGCUUUUCUGCCCUUCUAUGAUGAUAAUUUUAGUGAAGAACUUCUGAACUUCCAUGAAUCUGAGAUUCAGCGCCUAAAACAGCAUUAUGAAGAUCACAAAGAACUUUUUGAAGGUGUUCACAAAUGGGAGGAGAGUUGGAGGCUUUUCUUGGAGCUUGAAAAAAAAGCCACAGAUCCAUCCAGAUUUACCAACAGAGGAGGAAACCUUUUAAAGGAGGAGAAACAACGAUCAGACCUACACAAAGGUCUCCCUAAGCUUGAAAAGAAGCUGAAAGCCCAGAUCGAGCAGUGGGAGCAGGAACAAGGCAGAGAAUUUCUGGUCCAGGGUCAGAAGUUCAUGCAGUUUGUUUCUGAGCAGUGGGAACUCUAUUGUCUGGAGAAGGAGCGGGAAAAGCAGGAACGGCAAUUGAAAAAGAGCAAACAGACAGAGGAGGACAUGCUGUAUGGCACAGCUGUACGGUCACCAAGUAAACGAAGAUUUUUGGGCAGUAUGACGCCUUGCAAGGCACGAAAGCUAAACGCUACUUCCAGCACUUCCACUGGCGCCUCUAACAGCACUAUGCGCUCUGUAUUUUGUGGAACUGUCUGCCACUCGCCUGUGUCCCGCCCUCCAAUACCAGCCAACAAGGGUAAUUCCUUGAAGACCCCGGUUCGAGGGAAACCUCCUCAUCAAGGCCUGGCAGAACGUAAUAAGGAGAAUGUCUGUCAUCUUGCGUACGGUACAGGUGGUGUGUUGAAGACUCCAGCUAGCCCACAGCGUAACUUCAGCAUCAACUCUGUUGCCAGCACCUAUUCUGAGUUUGCGAGAGACCUCUCCAAGGCUUCAAAGUCAAAGCACACGCCAGAAGUCUUGAACUCAACCAUCACGCACCUAUGAUCUCUCACACACACGAAGGAGACGAAAAACUGUCGGAUCUGGAGAGGGAAACACUGCAUGACCUGUUCACUACACAAAAGCUUUAAUGUUCACCUUUUCAAUGUCUGUAUUUCUUUUUAUAUGUAAAUGAGGGGACUGUAUAUUUAAUAUUUCUUAAAGAAUCUAUGUCUACUGUUAAUAUGAUUAAUACUAGAUUUAAUGAAGAAAAAAAGAAAAGUCAUUAUAUGUUACGUAAUCAGCUCAGCUUGUAACAUAUUUAAAUGUAAGUAGAAUGGUGAUUGGGUGUAUGAUUUAUUCUAGGCUGUUACCAGCAGUAUUAGCAACUGUACUUUCAAGUCUACGCCUAUCAUGAAUGUUUUGCACAAUAUAUUAUUACAAGGGUUUUGUUUUUUUUUCCUCAGUUUGUACUUUUAUUCUAUGGUUCACUACAUAAUAUUUUUUUUGAACACAACAAUUACUAUAGCGAUGUACACAAUAAACAAAUAGUCUACAUUGAACAUAUCAUUGUCUUUGAUCCAUUUUAUUUCUCAAUUGGAUGAAGAAAGAAAUCGAGAUUGACAUACUAUGUUCAAAUUGAAUUAUUACGCAAGCAAAU